AUGCAAAAGAUGAUGCAGAGUAUUUAUAUCAACAGAGUAAAACCAUUUUCAAUGAUACGAAAUUUAGCUACACAUUCCAUACGAAAGACACCAUUAUUACCACCAUUAUCAUUAUAUAGGAAAAUAUUAAGACAGCAUCGAGAACUGCCCACAUUACAAAGAGAAAUGGGGGAUCAAUACGUGAAGAAUGAAUUUAAAUUACAUAAAGAUAUUGAUAAUCCGUUACAUAUUGUUGGUUUUCUUACAAGUUGGCAAGAUUAUUUGACUAUGAUCACUCAUGGAAAUUGGAAGGAAAAUGCCUUGAGUAGAUCGACUUUGGAAAAAAUGUCUGAUGAUCAAGUAGUACAACUUUACGAAUUGAUGAAAGAAGCUGAAAAAUUAUAUAAAAAUAGUACUGAUGAUCUGGAUACAGAAACAACCGAAAAAGGGACUACUACCACUGUCGAAGAUGCUAUGAAAGUAGGUGAUAGUACUAAAGAUUCUAAGUGA